AGGCAGUUAAAUCAGGUUUACGUUGUGUCAUGUUUUUUGCUGGAGACGCCAAAUUGAAAUCAUGUGUAUCUUUCUGAGUCACAUCCUCUUCAUCGUCAUCAUAUAAGUCUGACUGGGAUGGCAUCACAGCAUGGGAUAGUUGAGGUGAUCGCAUUCGAUAGAGUAAAUCAUCGUAGGCACGAAUUUCAUCCUGAUGAAGAUGAUGUAUGGAGAUAA